CCAUCGUUUUCCCAUCGCCAAGAAGACGCACGUCGCACCAUAGAGCGUACCGAGACAUGGCACCCCUCAAUACAGCCCUGUAAUAAUUUCAGCCCGGAAGAUCACAAGCAUAAAGAGCAUGCUGCUCUCAUUUCCAGAGUGGUAACCGGUCAGGGAUUUACUGAGCGGUGA